AUGGAAGACACUUUGGCAUCCAUAAUAGCGUCUAUGGCUGCGGCUACAGGCAACGCAUCACCUAUUGAAUGUAAUGCUCCAAAGAGAACUAACGGGGUCGAUGCAGAUCCAAUAUCCACGAGUAAAAAACGCGAGCGUGUGUCAUCAUUAACGCCACCAUCAGGCAUUUGGAACCCAAAUGCGGAGAUGCAGCUGUCCUCCUCUACUCUUCUCAAGCUUGAAGAAGCUGUCAGGACGUGCAACGUUAGUCCAGCGAUGGAAGUUGCGCGUCAUCAGAUAGUCCGCGCGCUGUGUAAAAAAAUUCGGCGUGCUAGCGAGGACCUUGGCAUCGGAAAGUUGUCCAACUCAGCUUUCGAGAAUUGGCAGCUUACAUCACAGCUUACGUACAAUAAGCUGGAUCCGCUUAUUCCUCCGCCCGAAAAUGACUACAGCACUUUAGCUGAAGAAUUUCGCAAAGCAGGAGCGACCAGGUCAGGAGCUACAAAGAUGUGCAAGGCACUUAGACGCGAGUCGGAUCGGAUGCUGCGUAAGUUUCACCAGCAAAACUUUGUGAACGGCAAGAACAUGGUUCACGUGACGGUAUCAAAUGAUGAUAUGCGUCUGUUGACAUUCGGCCAGUCGACAGUGAAAAUUAGUGCGAUUCACUUUGCCAAGAUGCGCGAAUUGUAUGCAAGAAAGCAUGGACUUGAUAAUGGUGACGGAUCAAGCAUGUCAUUGAAAAACCAACGCCAUUUUGCAACCGCGCUUUUCUGCUUGUUGCUGCGUUAUGAUUCGCUUGAUGGUGGGGGAUUUCAGGCUGCACUAAAUGAGGAGUGCUUCGAUGUGUUGUUGGAGGAGUUCGAUUGCAAGAUGGAGUGCUUCGCAUCGCCGCUGAAUUGCCGUUACUCGCGUUUCUGUAGUGCUUUUCUCGAUACCGACUUUGCAUUUGGAAGCGUCGGCAGCUUUUUCGACUUUUCACCUCGCUCCGGCUGCUUUGAAGCUAAUCCACCUUUCAUUCCUAAAGUGAUCAAGCGGAUGGCAGAUCAUAUGGCAGAGCUUCUUACCGCAGCAAACGGCCCUUUGACGUUUAUCGUCAUUAUCCCCUCGUGGCAAAAGACCGAGGGAUGGCAACAAUUGAAUGCAAGUCGUUAUAAUCAAAGACACGUACUCAUUCCGCAGAAACAACACGGAUUUUGUGAAGGGAAGCAGCAGCUUCGAAAGACUCGCUGGCGCAUCGCAUCAUUCGAUACAAGUAUUUUUUUCUUGCAGAACUCUAAGGCAUGCAAUCAAUGGCCCGUGACAGAUCAAAAGCUCAAGCUUCUCAAACAAGCAUUUAAGUCUAAGCAAGCUGACGAGCGCGACGCUCUUGGGUUACGCCGAUCCGGCAAACGGGUUCGAUUAGCAAAAGACCAAUGCAUUCGACAGAACUGA